AACAACAGCAGCAGCAACAACGGUUACAGCAACAUAACAGCUUGUUUUAAGAAAUAUUUAUUAAAAAUUCAAACACAAUGGCCUACGACUUAAAAAAGGAGUCCGACGUCAAGGAGUAUGUGGACAAACUGGGCGUCGAAUAUCGUUUCGGCUGCUAUUCGGAAAAGAAACCGGAAGUUUGCCAUCUGCUGGGAGAUUAUCUGGAGGGCAUUAAAAAGGAUUUUGAGAAAGCAUCCAAAGUAUAUAAAUCAACAUGUGACGACUACGGUUACGCAAAAUCCUGUUACAAAUACGGCAACUAUAGCUUUCUAGGCAAGGGCAAAAGCGGAAGCAAGGGUGAACCGCGCGUUGCCUAUCAAUAUUAUGAGAAAGGCUGUAAUCUUAACGAUUCGGAUGCAUGCUUGCAUUCUGGUCUGUUGCUGGUAUCACGGUCAAUGCCCAAGGAAAUAGAUCGCAAUGUGCCAAAGGGCUUGGAGUUUCUCACAAAAAGCUGUGACAUGAACAAUGCCACCGCCUGCUUCUAUCUGUCUGGAAUGCAUAUUUCUGGUGUACAGAAGAAGCCCGAAGACAACGUUAGCAGCGCAGCAGCAACUACUACAACAACAACAGCCGCAACAGCACAGUCUGCUAAAUCGACAAAGGACUCGGAAUUCAUUGUUCUUAAGGAUAUGAAGAAAGCAUUUCAGUUCGCACACAAGGCCUGCGAGUUGCGUAACAUGUAUGCCUGUGCGAAUCUAAGCCAAAUGUAUGCACGCGGCGAUGGAAUCGAGAAGAACGAAAAGGAGGCGGAAAAAUAUAAGAAACUGGCACUGGAAAUGCAAGAGGAAGUUAAGAAGCAACAGGAGACGCUCAGUUUUCAACAGGGUGUGGGCAUGCCCAAUUGAUUUACCAAAUCAUACCUAUACUAGAAAUAGUUGACGCUCCCCUCUGUUUUCUAAUUUACAAUUCUCAUGCUUUACUCUUUUAUUUUUUUUAUGUCUGAUCGAAAGAAAUUUGUAUGUUUCAUAUAUUAUUCAGUGGUAAUACGCAAAGCUAUUGCUAAUUAACUUA